GGCUGCCACCUCCCGACCGAGCUCCAGCCGCCGCCACUUUCGGUUUCGGGCCGGCCCGCGUGACCACACCCACCGGCGCCGGCAACUAGGUUAAAACAGAAGCAGUAAGGACGAAUUUCGUGGGCUUCGAACUGGAGCAACGGACCUUACGGCUGGGCGCGGUGGAUAGAGUUCAUUUGCUGUGAGAAACUGCGGCAAAAAGAGCUCUACAGAGUUGUCCAGUGAGAGUGGUGGGAGGGGCAGGGCAGGGGGUCAGUAGUGGCAGCGCGCUCCGACGGCAGUGUAGAGCAUCAGUUCGGUUCUGGGGGCACAUCCGAAAGUAGUCGGCUCGCUCGCUGUCGGCCCUGCCCAGUCUCGGCCCGCAUUGCACCGGCACUCGGUCGGUCGGACACACUUGUCGCUCGGAGCGGCCCGCCGACGGACGCAGGUCACAGUGAGCAGGUGACCCGUGCUGGUGCUAGCGUGCUACAGACAGUCGCAGUCGCCACGUGCGCUGACUGAUAUUGGACACAGCUCGCUCGUCGGAGACUGCCGCGCAUCACAGAAAGAUAACCAGCUCCGCCAGAGGACUACGGGACCGGAGCGGCAGAGGACUACAAGACCGGAGGACCGGAGACACGUGGCACAUAUCGGGACCACUUCUGCGAAACUCUGCUCUUCGCCGACUCGACUCGUCAGCCCGCAGGACCUGAGUGACACCCGUCUCGCCCGGCGCUCGAUGUUCGUCCGGCCUGCCCACUCGCUCGUCAGCCCGCCGUCCGUCCACCGCACCGCCAGUCUCGAGAUGCGCGAGAAGGCGCACAGUCCGCGCAAGCUGGAGCUCUCGCUGCGCACCGACCUGCUGGCCGCCGGCGCGCUGACGCCCUACGACCUCAGCGGCACGGGCAGCGAGACGACGCUGUCGCCGCCGGAGCGCGCCGCCGCCUCCGGCGACCAGGAGGUGCCACUCGACCUCUCCGUGAAGGCGGCGAGGCUGCACACGGAGGAUGAGAACCGGAACCUGGUGCCCGUGUCGCCGGGCGCGGUGGCCGCCCUGGACCCGGCAGAUGUGGCCGGAGCAGUCACAAAGCUGCAGUAUGGAUCCAGACUGUAUACUGGCAGUGAGGCUGAGCUGGCGGGACAGCUUUACAGUCCUGCUCUCAUGGACAUCUACGGCAAGAGCAAGCUGUAUGCCUCCCCUCUGUUGGCCACCGCGCCUAGUUAUCCGUUCAUUCUGCCGGGGACAUUUGAGAUGAUCCGUUCUCAGCUGGAUCAUAUCCAUCUCAGACGCACUCCAGGCGUGCCCCUGCCAGGAGUCAUCAAGAACAAGGACAGGUACUCGUGCAAGUUCUGCGGCAAGAACUUCCCCCGCUCGGCCAACCUGACGCGCCACCUGCGCACGCACACCGGCGAGCAGCCGUACAAGUGCAAAUACUGCGAGCGCUCGUUCAGCAUCUCGUCCAACCUGCAGCGGCAUAUCCGCAACAUCCACAACAAGGAGAAGCCGUUCCGGUGUCCGCUGUGUGACCGCUGUUUCGGCCAGCAGACCAACCUGGACCGGCAUCUGCGGAAACACGAGUCGGACGGGCCGACCAUCCUGGACGGCGGGUUCCGACCCGCGGUCUCACAGAGGUCGGUCUCCGCCUCCGGCUCUCCCGCCUCCGAGGACUCGGCCGCCGAGAUCGACGUCGAAGAGGUGGACGAAGCAGAGGCCGCCUCCUCUCCGGAGCAUAUGGACACGAAGCCGGCAUUGGAAGCCGAGGAUAACUGAGCGGCUGCCUUAUCUCAGCCGGGGUUCUCCGGCAGGUUGAAGUGAUCUAAGGCGAGGUGACCUGGGUGAAUGAAACCCGGGUGACCCGAGGUGACUCUCGGCGACCUGAGGUGGCGUGACCUGCCUCGCAGUCAUCGUGUCACCGUGGUCAGACCCCGGAGUUCGGACAGCUCAGCUCGGAGAUAUCUCCGGGUCCGGUGACGUCACGCAAGGUCCCGUAGUGCGGGAUCCGUCGCCAACUCCUCGCCAGCGCUUUCCGCGAAGACACACCAAGCUUUAACAAGACGAGCAAACACUGCGCGCCGGGCUGGGGCCCAGGACAAUCGAGUACCUGACGCACAAACUGUGUGGUGUUCAGUCUUCCAGCGACACCGCGCUGGCUGCCAUGACACGAGGCUACCGCUCCAGUACAAAGUAGCGUCUCUCCGGCGGCGACGGGCCGCUGCGAUCCGGCUGCCCUGCUAUCUGCGUACCUGUAGGAAUGCAGAGCGCGCCGCUGCCGACGCUGUGACGGAGAAGAGGCGUGAUAGGCGCGCGGGGAAGGACGGUAGGGUGUCCUAGGGAUGGGGGUAUGAGGGUAAGGACGCACCGCCGUGCGGUUUGUGUAUGUUUAUGUAUGGUGGUGCGAGCGAGUUUACCGAGGGUCGAGGUUGAUAAGGUGGUCUCACUGUGCUUGCUCUGCUUUCGACACAAGAAAAUACCGGAUUAUACCAGAUGGAUGUCGUACUGUCAAGUGCUGAAUCAGAUCGCUAGCCGCGCUCAGCAGAGCCUUGGGUAUUUAUUUCGUAUUUAAAUAGUUUCCGGAACCACGCCGCAGUAGCUAAGCUAGACGAGCCGGUGCGCAGAGGAACAUGAGUCGUUCCGAAGAUUCGUUUAGUUUCACCAU